GGUUUCUCAGGGGCGGAACUAAGUCGCUGCGCGUGUUUCCGCUCGGGCCGUUCUCGCGGGUGCGCUCUGCGGUGCUGGACGGAAAUGGCGGCGUGUGUCUGUAAAUGUUGCUAAUGUCGUGUAACUAUCGGCUCGACUGGACCCCGCGGGGAUUCUGUAAUGUGUGAGCGGCUCUUGGAGAAACUCUGGUGAAGCGUGUGCGGAGCAGCUGCGUCCUCUGAUCUCUCUGAAGCGCUCGUGGAUUGAGCUGACGAUGGCCUCCAGCCUGAAGCAGACCGGCGGAGAGUCCGGCUCGCUCUCCGGCUCUAACGGACUGAAUGGGACGAAGCCGUCAGAAGUGGCGCGGGUGGCGCUGGACGUCCAGGGUAAAUGUGCGGCGUACGUGCUGGCGCUGCGGCCGUGGAGCUUCAGCGCCUCCCUCACCCCCGUGGCCCUGGGCAGCGCUCUGGCCUACAAGCUGGAGGGCUCGGUGGACCUGCUCGUCCUGCUGGUGUGUGCCGUGGCCGUCCUGGUGGUCCACGGGGCGGGGAACUUGGUGAACACCUACUAUGACUUCUCGAAGGGAAUCGAUCACAAGAAGAGCGACGACAGGACUUUGGUGGAUCAGAUCCUGAAGCCGCAGGACGUGGUGAUGUUCGGAGCGGCGCUGUACUCCGCAGGAUGUCUCUGUGCCACUCUGCUCUACUUCCUGUCCUCCCUCAAACUAGAGCAUCUCGCUCUCAUUUAUUUCGGAGGACUGUCGAGCUCUUUCUUAUAUACUGGAGGCAUCGGACUGAAGUACGUGGCUCUGGGGGACGUGGUCAUCCUCAUCACCUUCGGUCCCCUGGCCGUGAUGUUCGCUCACGCCGUGCAGGUGGGUUACCUGUCGGUGCUGCCGCUGGUGUACGCCGUGCCGCUGGCGCUCAACACCGAGGCCAUCCUGCACAGCAACAACACGCGGGACAUGGACUCGGACAAGCAGGCGGGCAUCGUCACCCUGGCCAUCCUGGUGGGGCCCGCGCUGUCCUACGUCAUCUACAACCUGCUGCUGUUCGUGCCCUACCUGCUCUUCUGCAUCCUGGCCACGCGCUACACCAUCAGCAUGGCUCUGCCGCUGCUCACGCUGCCCAUGGCCUUUCCUCUGGAGAGACAGUUCCGCCGGCAGUGCUACGCCAAGAUCCCGCAAAAGACUGCCAAGCUCAAUCUGCUCAUGGGACUCUUCUACGUCUUCGGGAUCAUACUGGCGCCGCAGGGUAGCUUGCCGUUAUUGUGAGAGAACUAUUGUUUUUUUCUUUUUAAAACUUUGUUAGUGCUGUCAAACGAUUAAUCGCGAUUUCAAAAUAAGUGUAUAUUUAUAUAUAUAAUAUAAAUUAUGUGAAUA